AUGAUCGUGCGCGCAGCCGACGACGCCGCCGAGCCCGCCGAGCUCGGCCGCCACGCAGCGCCCAUCGUCUGGGUCGUCGCGACGCUAUGUGGCGUCGUUCUGUGCAUGCUCGACUUGGCGUCGCUCCUCGGCGCGUCCGGCUCCACCUCGUCGUUUGGCCUCUUCUCGCUCGCCAAGCUCGCCGUCUCGAUCGACGCGAUGGGCGCCAACCUCCUGACAGGCUACCUCUUUGUUUGCUUUUGGAUGCUCGCGCGCGACGGCUACACGCGGCCGUGCGCGAUGUGGUGCGUCGCGCAGCUGCUUCUCGGCAAUCUUAUCCUUUGUCUCUACGUCGUCCGCGCCUUGUACGCGACCAACGGCGACUGGAGCGCGUUCUGGUGCGGACCGCGCACGCGUCCUACGACCGAAGACAAGGUCCACCGAUGCCUGUGA